AUGUCUGCGCUACUUGAUAGCCACAAUACCAGACAUAAGUUUGCAGUUAGCCUUCUAUCCAGGUUCAUGCACUGCUACAAUGUGAACCAUUUUCAAGCUACAAAGAGAGUCCUCAAGUACAUUGAAGGCACUCUGAACUUUGGGAUGAUGUUUACCAAGGUUGAUAGCAUGAAGCUCCUUGGUUUUACUGAUAGUGACUGGGCAGGAUUAAUAGAUGACAUGAAAAGCACUCAGGGUAUCUGUUUACCCUUGGUUCAACUAAUUUUUUUCUUAAUUUCAAAGAAGCAAACUAUUGUUGCUCAAUCAACAGCUGAACCAGAAUAUAUAGCAACAGCAGGGGCUGUUAACCAAGUAAUUUGGUUAAGAAAGAUCAUGGCAGAUAUGAACUUGCAUCAAAGAGAAGCAAGAUAA